GGAACUCUGGCAUCACGUUUGUCGUUUCGAGAACGAACUUUACUGAGCUAAAUUUUUGUUUUUGGAGUAAUUAUGGCUGCAUUUGUGCCUGGUCAGGAAGAGCAAGAGGAAGAUGCAUCGGAGCUAAAAUUUCCCAAAGAGUUUGAGCAAGCAGAGACGCUUCUGAUCUCAGAGGUUCGGAUGUUACUGGAACACAGGAAACAACAGAAUGAAAGUCAAGAGGAGGAACAAGAACUCAGUGAUGUUUUCAUGAAGACACUCAACUACACAGAGAGAGUGUCAAAGUUUAAGAACAGAGAAACAAUUGCUGAUGUCAGAGGGUUAUUACAGCAGCAGCAACCUAAGCUCCACAAGUUUGAACUUGCUCUACUUGCCAACCUCUGUCCAGAAACUGCAGAAGAGGCUAAAGCUCUCAUUCCAAGCCUUGAAGGAAGAUUCGAGGAUGAUGAGCUAACGGAAGUCUUGGAAAACAUGCAAACGAAGAGAAGCUUCCAGUACUGAUCGUUGCUUUCAUAAAGUACACUCACCCGGAGUAAGCUUUCCAUCAAUGCAAAAUGGGGUUGGUGAUCUUACAAGGCCACCUGUAUAUAUACUUCAGGGAGGGUUUCAUGAAAGGACUUGUCGGACGUUUUAUCCGACAAGUCCUGUUUUAUCUGACAGUUACUAUAGUAACAGUGCU